AUGGUGCGUUUCGUCUCCGCCUUCGCCCCCGGUAUUGUUACUGGCGGCCUUGUGGGCGCUGCGUCAAGCGCGGCCGCGUGGGCAAAGCGCCCAUCCCCGCCGGCUGCAGCGGAGUGUGCGUCCCCCAAGUCAACCUUCACGCCAGACGAGUUUCACCCAUUCAAACUGCUUUCAUCGCGGUACGAGUCGCAUGACACUCGGCGGCUUUACUUCGCUCUCGAGAGCGCCGAGUCGACCUUCUCCGUGCCUGUCGCGUCGUGUAUCGUCGCCAAGCUGACAGACGUCGAUGGGAAGGACGUGCUGCAGCCCUUCACCCCCAUCACCGCGAACAACACCAAGGGGCACUUUGAGAUUAUCGUCAAGAAGCGGCCAAGGGACAAGAUGGGUGCACUUCUCUUUCAGUUACAGCCCGGGGAGGAGCUGUUGGUCAAAGGGCCCUUUGAGAAAUUUGCCUACAAACCAAACAUGUGGAAGAGCGUAGGCAUGCUUGCUGGUGGGACAGGUGUAGCUCCCAUGUAUCAACUGCUGCAGGCGAUUUUGAUGAACCCAAAGGAUCGGACACAUGUCUCGUUGGUGUACGCAAAUGAGCAGCGCCGUGACAUUCUCCUGGCGAACGAACUCUCGACCCUGCAGAAGACCUACAACAAUUUCAAUCUCUACCUCACACUUAUGGAGGUGCCGCAUCGCUGGUUGGGUGGUAUUGGGUGCAUCAAUGAUGCCAUGAUUCGUACUUUUAUGCCAAAGCCCGGCGAAAAGCACACAAAGAUCCUUGUAGCGGGACCGCCGUCUAUGUUAGCGGAACUAGCAGGAGACAAGGUAUUUGCUGAGGGAAAGGCUCCAGAGCAAGGACCGCUCCUGGGGCUUCUUAAGAGUUUGGGGUACACAGAAGAACAGGUGUUUAAAUACUGA